GCGCCCUGUGUGUGUCUGUGUGUGGAGAAGUUUCUCACGGCGGAUCAGUGUGUGUGUGUGUGUGUGUGUGGUGAGAGAGAGAGAGUGUGUGUACACUGUACGUGUGUGUGAUUAGACGGAGCAGUAGUGACAGCAGUGCGCGCGCGCGAGUGUGUGUGUGUGUGUGUGUGUGUGUGCGCGUGCUCGCUCCAGGCCCUGCGGCUUUGUGAGUGGAGCGUUUACUAGUGCAGAUCACACGGUCACGGGCGCAGGAGAGCAGCACCAUGAUCUUCUCGGUCGCCCACAAGACGGUGUUCGUGGUGGAUCACUGCCCCUACAUGGCGGAGUCGAGCAGGCAGCAGAUCGAGUGUGACAUGCUGACGAAGAGCCGCGCGCAGGCCAUGAUCCCCCUCGCCCCCGUCUCCAAAUCCCUCUGGACGUGUGCAGUGGAGUGCUCCAUGGAGUACUGCCGCAUCCUCUUCGACAUCUACCCCACCAGGAAGCUGGUGAACUACAUCGUAAGUGACUCCGAGUGUCACAUUCUGAACACGUGGAGAGAGGAAGACCAGAGUGUUCAGGAGUUAAUGGCGGCGCUGGCGUCUGUCGGACCCCCCAACCCGCACGAGGACCCGGAGUGCUGCAGUAUUCUACACGGCCUGGUGGCGGCAGUAGAGUCCCUCUGCAAAAUCACAGCGUACCAGCACGAGGCCCGCACCGCCCUCGUAGACGUGGCGCACAGAGUGUCCAACAGGGGGCGCAUCAUCUGCCUCACCAACGCCAAGAGUGACACACACGUGCGGAUGCUGGAGGACUGCGUGCUGGAGACGAUUCAGGAGCAGAACAAGCUAGCUGCAGGAUCGGACAGACUCAUGCCCAUUCAGCAGUGUGAGCUUGUGCUGGUCCAUAUCUACCCACAAGGAGACGACACCCUGGUAUCAGACCGCCAGAAGAAGGAGGUGACGUCUGUGCUGAGCAGCGAGGUGCACAGUGUCCGCGCUGGGAGACACCUGGCCUCCAAACUCAACAUCCUGGUGCAGCAGCACUUCGACUUGGCCUCCACCACCAUCACUAACAUCCCCAUGAAGGAGGAGCAGCACGCCAACACGUCUGCCAACUACGACGUCGAGCUUCUGCACCACCGAGACGCUCAUAUAGAGUUCAGGAACGGUGACACAGGAGGCAGCAGUAAGGAAGGCGGGAUAAGAGAAACAGUUACACUUAAAUGGUGCACUCCACGCACCAACAGUGUGGAGCUGCAUUACUGCACUGGAGCGUUCCGGAUCUCUCCUGUAGAGGUCAACAGUCGACCCUCUUCAUGUCUCACCAACUUCCUGUUAAAUGGUCGCUCUGUUCUGUUGGAGCAGCCUCGUAAAGCUGGAUCGAAGGUGAUCAGUCACAUGCUGAGCUGCCAUGGAGGGGAGAUCUUCCUGCACGUGCUCAACAGCACCCGGUCCACCCUGGAGGAUCCUCCGUCCAUCAGCGAGGGGUGUGGAGGCCGGGUUACUGACUACCGCAUCACAGACUUUGGUGAGUUCAUGAGAGAGAACCGUCUCACUACGUUCCCACACACGCUGCCGGACGCCGCUGGGAGAGCGCCCUAUGAAAGAGCUAAAGCCCAGCUGGAGCGACACACACGCUACUGGCCCAUGAUCAUUUCCCAGACCACUAUUUUCAACAUGCAGGCAGUGGUGCCCCUGGCAAACCUGAUAGUGAAGGAUUCUCUGAGUGAGGACGACGUUCUUACGUGUCAGAAGACCGUGUACAACCUGGUGGACAUGGAGAGGAAGAAUGACCCUUUACCCAUCUCCACCGUGGGCUCCAGGGGCAAAGGGCCCAAACGAGAUGAGCAGUACCGCAUCAUGUGGAAUGAAUUAGAGACGCUGGUGAAGACGCACGUUGAGACCAGUGAGAGACACCAGCAGGUUCUCGAGUGCAUCAGCGCCUGCAGGAGUAAACCUCCAGAGGAAGAAGAGAGGAAAAAACGCGGGAGGAAAAGGGAGGACAAAGAGGACAAGGCAGAGAAGAAUGGAAAAGAGUCUGAGGAAAAAGGAUGGACGCAAGACACUGAAAGGCAGAAGGGAGCUAUGGAGCGAGAGAAGGAGAAUGAAAGUGACUCUGGAGUUAUUAAGGACUCUCCAGAUUCUCCAGAGCCGUUCAAUAAAAAACCCAGACUCACUUUGGAGGACCUUCAGCCUCAGGAGAAAUCCAAAGGCCCCGUCUCAUUGCUCAGUCUGUGGACCAGCAGGAUCACUCAGGCCAACUCCAGGAAGCACCCUGAGUUUGCAGGAAGACUGAACUCCAUCAGUAACAAGGCAGAACUGUACCAGCACCUGAAAGAUGAGAACGGGAAAGAUCUCCAUGAGAAUGGAAAAGCUACCAGAUGAUGGACGAGAUUUUUUUUUUUUUUUUUUUUACUGAAUUUGUAUAAAAUUUAAAACACAAUAAAGCCCAGUUUGUUUA